CGGGCGAGGCGGGGAGAGGGCCUGGGGCCCUUGGCCCGGGGCCUGGGGUCGAGGGGCGAGGGUCGCAGUGAGACGUCCGCUCUGUACGCUUUACUCUGGCCGAGGCUUUUGUUUAAUUCGGACGCUCCAACUCUAAGACUUGGCAGUGGGAAAAAAAAAAUACAUAUGUUUAUUUGACUGACCUGUUUGCAAGUCUCCUCUGGCCUCCGCCCUCCUUUCCGGCCCUAUGGACUUUGACCAAGAUGUUUUCUCUUAGAACUUUUGCAGGGUUUUAAGCUUAACCCUCUCUGUUUCUUUGUUUAAUAUGUUCCAACGGAGACAGUUCUGUGGCGGCGACAUCUCCUAUUUCAGAUAUACAGCCCUGAAGAGUUUGCUUUUUUCCCCUCAUUUUUUCCUCCCUGCGGUAAUAAAUCCCAUUAUGGAGACCCAGAAACUUUAUGAAGGGAUAUAGUUUGAAUUCUGUGGAGUGUAAUUUUGUGUAUGAAUUAUAUUUUUAAAAUAUGAAGGGUUUUCAGAAAGAAGGCUAGUAAAGUUAAUUACUGGUGCAUUAUUCAUGAGUAGUGGUUCUGCUGGUAAUAAAAUAUCUUGUUAGGUAUUUGUGAUAACACUAGGAAGGACAAGCUGUAUCUUGAUAAAUUGAUUUAACUGCAAAAUGAAUGAUAUUAUAGAUGCAUGAUUCGUAAAUGAAAGACAGGGUAUUUAAUUGUUUUGUAAAAAGUUUCUGUUGUUGAAAGUUUAUGGCUAAAACUAGUUAAGUUUAUGGAGAAGACACCUUCAAUGGAUCAAGUAAAAUAAAGUGGAAUGCAAAGUUAGACAACAUAGUAAUGAUGCUGCAGGAAAUGGAAACAAAUAUAGACCAUAUUUAACAAAGAUGGAAGAGUUGGCAGUUUGUGAACUUUAAGUAAAAUUUAUUUCAUUUGAUGUAGACACUGUAACAUGCAUAGGUUCCAUGAAGCUUGUAGGUGUUGACAUUGCCAAAAGUUGUUAACAGAAGCUAAUUUAACCUUAAGUAAUUACUGUGGUGAUAAGCUAUGUGAAAUUAGCCUUUAGAUAAUGUGACCAUAUGAAGACUUUAACAGAAUAAAAUAUUUUUUAAAAAUAUCGUAUUAAAGUGCUUAUGGGGAAAGAAGCCUGAAUAUAGUUUUUUCCUCCUGUAGAAUCCUGUAGAAGUUGGCUUGAUAUCCAGACUUUGUAACUUGUAACCCAAUGCAAAUUAAAGGCAUAAUUUAGGUAUUCUAGCCUUGUUUGGAAUUUUGGGAAUAUAAACCUCCUUGAAAAAUCAAGGAGUUUUAACAUAUUUUCAGAACUGUGUCAACUUCUUUCAGGUCAUUAGGUUAACUGUUACACCAAGUAAUGAGCAAAUAGCACUUGAGAUACUUAAAAGAGUUAAUAUAAUCCCCAAGAGUUUUAAAUGAUAUCUUGGUAAUUUAGGAGAGAGAUUCAUCCUACCUGAGUAUAAACUCAAGUAUAAAUCCAGCAAAGAAGGUGUUGUGAAUUUUACAUAAGCAGGAGCCUAUCAUUUGAUUCUUUUUUAUGGAAAAAAUCUAAUUUAGUAUUGAAGAGAUGAGAAAUUUCAUGUGAAGGAUUUUAGCCAUCAAAAAGUAACAUCACUUAUGCACAAAACUACCUCCCAAAGUCUUAUCCCAGGUCCCUCGUAUCAAAAAAUUAGUAUGAUGGAAGACAGCACGGUCUUGUCAGAUUGGACAAUCGGCAAUAAACAAAAAAUGAAAUACGACUUUUCAUGUGAACUCUACCGAAUGUCUACAUAUUCAACCUUCCCCACCGGUGUGCCUGUCUCAGAAAGGAGUCUUGCUCGUGCGGGUUUUUAUUACACCGGUGUGAAUGACAAGGUCAAAUGCUUCUGUUGUGGCCUGAUGCUGGAUAACUGGAAACACGGAGACAAUCCAAUCGAGAAGCAUAAAAAGUUGUAUCCUAGCUGUAGCUUUAUUCAGAGUCUGGUUACUGUGACUAAUCUGGAAUCCACCCCCAAGAAUGCUUCUCCAAUGAGAAACAGUUCUGGACAUUCAUUAUCACCCACUUUGGAACAUAGUAGCUCAUUCAGUGGUUCUUAUUCCAGCCUUUCAUCAAAGCCUGUUAAUUCUAGAGCAGUUGAAAACUUCUCCCCAUUGAGGACUAACCCCUACAGUUAUGCCAUGAGUACUGAAGAAGCCAGAUUUCUUACUUACCAAAUGUGGCCGUUAACCUUUCUGUCGCCAUCAGAACUGGCAAGAGCUGGCUUUUAUUAUAUAGGACCUGGAGACCGAGUAGCCUGCUUUGCCUGUGGUGGGACUCUAAGUAACUGGGAACCGAAGGAUGAUGCUAUGUCAGAACAUCGCAGACAUUUCCCCAACUGUCCAUUUUUGGAAAAUUCUCUGGAAAUGCAGAGGUUUAGCAUUUCAAAUUUGAGCAUGCAGACGAGUGCAGUGCGAUUGAGAACAUUUAUGUACUGGCCAUCUGCUGUACCAGUUCAGCCUGAUCAACUUGCAAUUGCUGGUUUCUAUUAUGUGGGUCGCAAUGAUGAUGUCAAAUGCUUUUGUUGUGAUGGUGGCUUAAGGUGUUGGGAAUCUGGAGAUGACCCGUGGGUAGAACAUGCCAAGUGGUUUCCAAGAUGUGAGUUCUUGAUACGCAUGAAAGGGCAAGAGUUUGUUGAUGAGGUUCAAGCUAGAUAUCCUCAUCUUCUUGAACAGCUGUUGUCAACUUCAGAUACUCCUGGAGAUGAAAAUUCUGAUCCACCAAUUGUUCAUUUCGGACCUGGAGAAAGUUCUUCAGAAGAUGCAGUCAUGAUGAAUACACCUGUGGUCAAAGCUGCCUUGGAAAUGGGCUUCAGUAGAAGCCUGAUAAAACGGACGGUACAGAGUAAAAUCCUGACUACGGGAGAGAAUUACAAAACAGUCAACGAUAUUGUGUCAGCGCUUCUUAAUGCUGAAGAUGAGAAAAGAGAAGAGGAGAAGGAAAGACAAACAGAAGAAGUGGCGUCAGAUGAUUUGUCAUUAAUUCGGAAGAAUAGAAUGGCUCUCUUUCAGCAGUUGACAUGUGUGCUUCCUAUCCUGGAUAAUCUUUUAAAGGCCAAUGUAAUUAAUAAACAGGAACACGAUAUUAUUAAACAGAAAACACAGAUACCUUUACAAGCACGAGAGCUGAUUGAUACCAUUUUAGUUAAAGGAAAUUGUGCUGCCAACAUCUUCAAAAACUGUCUGAAAGAAAUUGACUCUACAUUGUAUGAGAACUUAUUUGUGGAAAAGAAUAUGAAGUAUAUUCCAACAGAAGAUGUUUCAGGUCUGUCACUGGAAGAACAGUUGAGAAGGUUGCAGGAAGAAAGAACAUGUAAAGUGUGCAUGGACAAAGAAGUGUCUGUCGUGUUCAUUCCUUGUGGGCACCUGGUGGUGUGCCAGGAGUGUGCCCCUUCUCUAAGAAAAUGCCCCAUCUGCAGGGGUAUAAUUAAGGGGACUGUUCGUACAUUUCUCUCAUGAAAAACAGGCUUAACGUUAGCCUCUACAUAGAAGUCUUUGAAAUACUGUUGAACGUUUGAAGCUAUCUGAAGUCAAAAAGGAACUAUAGGUUCUUCAGUAACAUUUGUGCUCUGCUCUGUUUUCUUUGGUAAUAGUAACCUUGUUUCAAAAAAAAAUAGUAUCGUGUAAUAUUUAACCUUAGUCUCUGUUUAUAUGAAAGGGAAGAUGGAUGUUUGAUUGAGCUAUAUUAGUAUACAUGUGUGAACACAGGAGAAAUUAGAGGAGUGGUCUUAAUGCUGCAAGGCAUCAUUUCAGGAGUGACUGGAUUUGGUGUUCUGUCUGAAAGCUUCGAGUACUGCGUUAGAGUGUAGUUGAGAACUGGAAACCAGGAGCUCUGGAGUUUAUCAGCGAUAGUUCCAAAUUGUUGUUGGUGUUUUUUCACUUGUGUUAUAAAGUAAGGGUUUUUGUCUUAGUGGUAAGAAAGCUUUUCCCUAAUUUGUGAGAAACAUCUUAAUAAAGGUCUUCUAAAAAACUA